CACCCAAAAAAACAAAAAAAGGCCUUUUUAUGCAUGGGCAACAUCUUAUGAAGCUGUAUAAAAUUAUUCCCUUAGCUUUCCUUUUUAGUUUUUGUCCUUUUUAUUUUCUCAGAAAAAAAAAGAAGGAAAAAAAUAAAAAAAAUUAGGCUCUGUCUUCUGCUGCUUUGAUUUGCCCAGCAGUGGGUAUUUAAGUUGAAAAUUGGUAUGCUUCAUAGAUUUAUUUUCAUUUGAUUGGUUCCUUCACCAUGGCUUCAGUUUCCGAAGGGAUGGCUGUAGUUAUCAUGGGUGUCAGUGGUGCUGGAAAAACCACAAUAGGUGAGUUGCUAGCAAAAGAGACAAAUUGUAAGUUUAUUGAUGCAGAUGAUUUCCAUCCAGUAUCAAACAAAGAAAAGAUGUGCAAUGGGAUCCCUCUUUCAGAUGAAGACCGGAUUCCUUGGCUUGAAAUGCUUCAGGAUGCCUUAAAAGAGAGCAUCGAAAACAAAAAAACUGUAAUUCUUGGAUGUUCAGCUCUGCAGAAACGGUACAGAGAAAUUCUAAGAUCUGGCGACCCUAAUUAUGAACUUGAAAGCUAUGCCAGUGUUGUGAAGUUUGUUCUCUUGGAUGCUGAUGCUGAGGUGCUUGCAGCUCGGCUAGAGAAGAGAGUUGCAGAAGGGAAGCAUUUUAUGCCGGCCACACUUUUGCAAUCUCAGUUGGAUUUGCUUCAGAUCGGUGAUUGUGAAGGAAUACUGAAGGUUGAUGCUACUCUAAGUCCUCAAGUCAUAGUUGAGACUAUACAAGAUUUAAUUUUUAAAGUCAAAUAGAUAACCAUACGUCUUUUACAAGCUCUUAAAGAAUUUGUUUAGAACUGUGUUUGCUAUCAAGAGAAUCGUAUGCCAGUUGAUGAUUGAAAUGACUGUUUAGAAGUUUCUAAUUGCAAGAAGGGAGACAACAAUCUGCAUGGGAACUUAGCACAGUAAAAAAAGAAAAGAAAAUAAUAUCUAAAUUCAAACAACACCAGUAACCUACAACAGAGGCUAAAUAAAGCUAGAAGAAAGAGAGGAAACCCUGCUUCCAAGAGAGAAUGCAAAAAUUAUGGUAUGAUGCAUUAUUGUUUGGCUCAUGGUAUCAUUUGAAGGCCACUCACAUGAAAUUUCAAAAGCAAAUGUACCGUAGAUUAUCUUGUACCACAGGUAACAAAAAAUGCCAAGAUAAGCAUGCCUACAGGCUGUGGAUGGCCAUACUUCUUCAAGAAAGCUCCUAAAGAGUUUGUUUAAGAAAGCUCCUAAAGAGUUUGUUUAGAACUAUGUGUAUGCUAUCAUGGAAACCUAAUCUAUGCCAGUUGAAAAUUGGAAUGAC